UAUUAUUAUGUCAGUGUCAAAUACAUCUUGUUCCCUAAGCUUCAGCUGCUCAACUUAGCUCGCUACUUCAAGAAUUUCUUAAGCAACAUCACUCAAGAUGGCUAAAGGCGCAAACUCUCCUCAACGCCCUCGAUACUGGCUUCUUACGUCUCCUCGGACGGCCUCCAACCUGUUGGUCAAAAUGCUCAACCUCGGAGAGCAGAACGUACGCCCUGCCACCCACGGAGGAUACUUCUUCCUUCCAUCUUUGCCCAAGCACUUCUUGUUAGCCGAGAAGCCGAUGGAUACAUGGACGGAGGAAGAGAGCGCGACAGUGAACAAGGUCAUCCAGGAAUGCUCUGAAAGAUUCCAAGAUUAUAUCGCUGCGGCCGAGAAGGAAGGUCAGAUCAUUUAUGUGAAGGAACACUCCAUCAUGUUGAACCAUCCUCGUUGCGAGGACAGUUAUGUCAAUGGCUUAACUGGAUCCCAGAAAGAGGCGGCACCGCUUCCCAUGAUGGACAUCACUCAACGAACACGAUCACCUCUCAAUCUCACUCUAUUUCCAGAUGAGUUUCUCAAGACUUGGAAUCCAACCUUCCUCAUCCGUCAUCCCGCUCUGAUGAUUCCCUCUCUGUACCGCACAUGCUUUGGCAAGAUGGAGUGGGAGGGCUUCAAGCGUCCCAGAAAGGAACCCAUGGCAGCAGAGGUCACUACGAGGUGGCAUCGAACAUUGUAUGACUUUUACACCGAGCACUUUGCCAACGACAGCAUCUGGCCUAUCGUCAUUGACGCCGACGAUGUCAUGACAUGUCCUCAACUGGUAGGCAAGUAUGCGCAGCUUACUGGCCUUGAUGAGAGUAAAGUCCGUUACUCGUGGGAUAAGGUAAGAGAGGAAGAGCUGAAUAAGCUGAGCCACAUGGAGCAGAGGAUGCUUAGCUCUAUCAACGCUAGUACCACGAUUGACCAGAGUAAAGUCGCUGGGAAAGUCGAUAUCGAUCAAGAAGUAGUCAAGUGGAAGGCUGAGUUUGGUGAAGAAGGGGCGCAAAAGCUUGAACGAUGGGUGAGAGACGCUAUGCCAGACUAUGAGUUUCUGCAUUCCAGGAGACUCAGGUUGGAGCAAGAGUAGAGAUCACAUGGGUUAUGGUUCAAAAAGGGGAUGGAAGGCAUUUCAUCGGGUCAUUGAACUCGACAUCAGUUCUUGAGUCGUACGAGGCAGUGAGUUCAACAAGUUAUGUCUCUAAGUUCGAGUUGGAUGAGCUUUGCGAUAUUCCACUACGCCGGGUUUCGAGGAAGUGGUCACCGGGAAGAAUCUCAAAGACUGAAUACAACAGAUCUCCUGUGAUUCCAACGCCUGCUGCCUGCUAUCUUUCGUUUAUCAGGUUGAGCCCUUGGGGUGAUGCGAGAGUGAUACAAGGACUUUCUACAUGGCGCUGUGAACAUAAUCCAUUUUACAUGAACUCUGUGUAUAUAAGAAUCAUGGCAUCAGAAAACCAUAAACACAA